UGGGAUAUAGAUAUCUGUCCAAUAUGAAUACCCUAAUAAUAGAGAUGUUAGUGGUGCCAUUGCAUAAGUAGCAUAACGACCACCCACCAAGCCACCCACCGCUAGGCAAUAUUCGCCUCUACGGUUUCGCCACCCAGCACACAGCAUGCCAUGAUUCUGCCUCUUUCUUAAAACGACUACCGGCGCGAGCACACGCGUUUUCCCCGAAUAGUCUCCCAUCACUCCGACGUCAGUGGCCAACGGAAGACGGACCAGCCGAAUUGCAGCGAGAAUCGGAACCUCACAUUGGCGAUCCUACCAGGUUACAUAACAUGUCUAACUGUGGAAAAUAUGUACGGGCCCCACUGGCCGAUGAAGAUUUUAAUAAAGGCGAAAUAAGUGAAGAUCAAAAUGACAUAUGUUCGCUAUACUCUGAUGACUUUGAAGUGGCUGCCCACGAAACUGUGGAAACCGAAGACCAAUCCUUGGUGGAACCCGGUACCAUAAAUGAAGAAUGGGGUAUCCUGAGAAGCUCUCCCAAAAAACCUACCUGUGAAGCGAAUCCAUCAACUAAUAAAAAUAAUGAAAGCGAUAAACAUGAUCUUGAAGACACUGUGCAUUCGGAAUUUGCGGAGCGUGCAUCCAAUGUACGGUGGGAUCUUAUUCCGAAGUUUCCCAAGGACAUCCCAUCCAAUAAACUUUGGGAAAAUUGGCAGAGUUUCAUCGAUAAUUUUGAAAUUGCUGCAUCUCUGUCGACUUUCUCGAGAUCAGCGGAUCGUGCAAAGUUGCUUUACCUGUCAAUCGGAAAAAACCUACAAGACAUUAUUAACGCAGCAAAUCUUCAGCCGGAUUACCGCGAUCCGAGAUGCUAUUCAAAUCUUGUAACAGGUAUCAAUAACUACUUCAAGUCUAUGACAGACACGGCCGCCGAACACGAAGCGUUCCAAUCCAUGCGUCAAGCUAAAGGUGAAACGAUUGUCAUGUUCCAUGCUCAACUCACGCAGAAGGUACGACUAUGUGGAUAUAGUCCAGCAGACCAAGUCCGUUUUGUCCUCGCUCAAUUACUCAAGGGCAUGCAGAACAGAGAGCUAGCUUUAACAGCAAGAACCUAUGGACACGACGCAGCGUACAUCGUACAGGCAGCAACAAGAGUCGAAGCGUACCAAUCCAGCAGAAAUAACGUGGAAAAUGAUGCUUCUGAAGUCUUAGCAGUAUAUCGAAAGCGAGAGCAUAGUCGUGAAAGGCAAAUCCCGCAGAAGAUCCGCAAAAUCGAGGGAAAUAAGGUGUACGGUAAACAUAAAUUAAGAGGAUCAUCACUGGACUACCGUCAGACCCAGCGCAACCGUUGUUGGAAGUGGAUAUACUUUCCAUAGAAAAAAUACAUGUCCUGCAACGGAUAAGCGAUGCAAUGAAUGUGGUCGCGUCGGCCACUUUGCAAUGAUGUGUCGCGGCAAGUCGAAGGGAAGAGGCAUUAACAACAUUCAAGAAAAGAUCCGAGCAGCCCCACGCCAGCGCGAAUGGAAACAGGAACGUAGUGAUGAUCAGGUAUAAACCAUAAUUCAACUCAACGUAGAAUGAAUAGCAAACCCUUACAUACAUACAUGGUUCAUAAUAAAGAAUAAUAUUUCUUGUGAAAGUACUUAUUUCCUCAUUAGCCCCACAUUCUUUUU